AUGGCAGAGCAAGCGGCCUCCCAAGGCCACCGAGUUGAGCAACGCGAGGGUCACCGCGGGAAGCGACGGGCUACCCCCGACCGCCUCUCCCCGGGCCGCAGGCAUCUCCCGCCCGUCCCGGCUUCGGGACGAGCUCCCGGGGCCGUGCCCGGCUGCUCCCCGCUGCCUGCCCGGGAGCGCUCCCGCAGCGCCAGGCGCUGGCCCUGCGGGCUCAGCGGGCGGCCGCCGGCCCCGCGUCCGCCGGCGCACAAGGCGGCGGAGAAGACGACCCGCGUGCGGACGGUGCUGAACGAGAAGCAGCUGCACACACUGCGGACCUGCUACGCCGCCAACCCGCGCCCCGACGCCCUGAUGAAGGAGCAGCUGGUGGAGAUGACGGGGCUCAGCCCGCGCGUCAUCCGCGUCUGGUUCCAGAACAAGCGCUGCAAGGACAAGAAGAAGUCCAUCCUCAUGAAGCAGCUGCAGCAGCAGCAGCACGGCGACAAGACGAGCCUGCAGGGCCUCACCGGGACGCCGCUGGUGGCCGGCAGCCCCAUCCGGCACGAGAGCGCCGUGCAGGGCAGCGCCGUGGAGGUGCAGACCUACCAGCCGCCCUGGAAGGCGCUCAGCGACUUCGCCCUGCAGAGCGACCUGGAGCAGCCCGCCGCCUUCCAGCAGCUGGUCUCCUUUUCCGAGUCCGGCUCCUUGGGCACGUCCUCCGGCAGCGACGUGACCUCGCUGUCCUCCCAGCUCCCCGACACCCCCAACAGCAUGGUGCCCAGCCCGGCCGAGACGUGAGGCCGCCCGGCCGCCCGCCGCCGCCGCGGGACUUCCGCAUGCCUGCGCUCCCUGCAUGAGACACCCGGCCCCGGGCCGCUCCCAGAGCGCCGGACAAACGCCUUUGUUUUUUUAAUUAUUCUUAUUUAAAAACAAACAAAAAAAAUACCUUACUGACGGCCAAAAAGCACCGGGAUUCUCGCUGCCUUCGCCAGACCGGAGAGAGAGCCCCCGCCCCGGUUAUUUCGUUGCUCGGGGGUUUCGCCCUGCGGAUUUCGAUGUCUCCUUUCCCCGAAGAAACGCGCCUUUCCCCGCUGGAGCCCGGCGCGCCGAGAGGCUGCCUCGCCCGCCGCUGGCGCUGGGGACGGCUUCUCUUCCCUGGCUGGAAGGGAAACGACCAGAAAGGCGUGCAUCAGCGGAGAGAACGAGCGGGGAGAGGCUCCCCCGGCGCACGCCUUCCCGCGGCCGCGGAGCCGGCCCGGCGCCCCCUCCGCAGCCGCUGCCCGGCCUCAUCUCACGCCGCUGCCUCGCCCGGGGUCGCUGGAGAACGGGACCCGGGACCGAGCCUUUGUAACGGGGAACCCGGUACUAGUGGUGUUAAGUUAUCAGUGGACGGAGGAUGGAUUGUUUGAGCCUUUAACGAACAAAAGUAAGUUAUUGCUAUUUAUUGUCAGUCAGCGGUUGAAUAGUGGGAUUAAAUAUUUUGGACUUAAUAAAAAAAAAAAAAAA